AUGGCUAAUGCACCAGGACGUCCGAGCAAAGCUUGUGAUGUCUGUAGAAAGCAAAAGGUUCGCUGCUCCGGAGAGCGACCCAGCUGUAAGCGAUGCGUCAGGUUGAAGAACACCUGCGAAUACGGGACCAACCUAAUCCAUCCUAGACGAAAGAGAAACGUCACAAGAGCUGUAACUGCAAAUGGAGCAUCCCAAUCUGUUGGGUCGAGGCGUCUAGCCCCAGUUGCGCUGUCAGCUAAUCUCAACGCCGAGUCUGUCUCAAACCAUGCUUUCUUUCAAGGCAUCGCUCCGUCUUUAGUCAACACCCUCGUAGAACUAUACUUUGACAAUGUCUACCAAUCCACUCUUCUCUUACACAAAACCAUCUUUAUGCACUCACUUGCAGAUCAGACCGUCAACCCUCAUAUUCUUCUUAGCAUCUGCGCCUGGGGCGCCAAUUUCUAUCGCAACGAAACCGGGAAGGCUACUCUCAAAGAACAAGGCCUCAUGACGAAGUGGGCUAAAAGAGCCGGAGCACUUGUCUUCCAAGACGCAGAAGAACUCAGCGAUGAUAAUCUCGUGACGUUCUGCAAUCUAUCGCUGUUCUGGCAUAGUCAAGGUUCCUGGAGGAUAAGCUAUCUUCACAAGGGUAAUGCCUGUCAACUCCUCCACAUAAAUGGGACAGGUCCAAAGAACGGCUCUUCGUUCGAAGCUGAAUCACGAAGAAGACGAUUCUGGGCAUGUUAUUUAUUCCACUGCUUCAGUUGUGAGAAGUUAUUCCGGUUUGAGGCGAUUGCUGAUAUUGAGAAUCUACCACUGCCUUGGUCUGAAGAAGACUUUGCAGUUAGAUCUUCACACUCAGCAAUCGCAACAAUUGCGAAUAGAGUUUGCUCAGCAAGUAUUUUUGGCGAGCUUAUACGCGGCCUCAAUCUCUGGUCGUCUGUCGUGACUGUUGUUAAAUCCGAGGGCGAUCUCAACUUGCGUGUUCAAGAGAUCUUCAGGGUUGAGAACAAGAUCUCAUCAUGGUGGAAUAACGUCCCAAGUAGCUUCAAACUUGACGCGCCUUUUGUCACAAGUAUAUCACAGAAGGACUUGCCCAAGAUCAUUCUCACCAACCUAAUCUAUCACCAAUCCCUCUGCGCACUGCACUCAUCCAUUGUUCCGCUCUUCUGCUGGUCAAAAGGCGAUAAGACUUACUCAUCGGCCAGACAAUUAUCUGCACAAGUCGCGUUUGACCACGCUACUGCAAUCUCCAGUCUCAUCUCUGCGAUAUUAACUACCAGUUGUCCGCUCAGUUCGAUGCCGAUAUUUGUCGCAUAUGCAGCUUACUCAAGCUGUGCUAUUCAGAUCCCUUUUCUUUGGUGUUCCGAGCUAUCAGUUAGAGAGCGAGCUCAAUCCAACAUCGACGCCAAUGUCAAGAUGAUACAAGGAAUGUCGAAUUACUGGAAGCUAGCUUCAUUACUGCAACUCUACGUGCGCUGCCUUCAUAACGUUCAUAAACGCAACCCACCUAGAAUAUGUGGCGAACCCAAGUACAUGAAUAUUUCGGCACUUGUUGACUUUGACGUUGAUGCGUCGCUUGCAAAAUCGUCGAUUUUACAGUUUGCUGGCAUGUUGCGGUCUGACGAGAAUGGAUAUGUCAAAGCUGGAGACGAGGCCUCAGAUCCAACAAUCGCCAGUGUUGCAGAUAGUGGUGACAUAACACUUGAUCUUCAGGCUUCAAGAAGCUUCUUAGACCACUCAGCGAAUACGAACAACCCGAACACGACCCUUCCACAAACUCCGAACCAGUUCGCCUCGGGGCCCAGUGAAUGGCCCACUCUGGAUAUCUUCAACUCCCUUAUCGAUGCUGAUAUGGCUGGUCUUUUUCCCGUCGACGACAAUUUCGAUUUAUCGUUCUUAGAAGCAGAUCAAACCUCAUGGGACUUGGGUCUCGAUCUGGAAAUACCCUAG